AAGGAAAGUUUAGUGGCUUGAAGAGUCCUGAUUGUCAUGUAAUUAUGCAGCGCCUCCUUCCGUUUGCUUUUUCAGCAUUAUUGCCACGUAAUGUUCAUGAAGCAAUUGCAGGGAUAAGUAUUUUCUUCCGCGACUUAUGCAGCAGAGUAGUGACUGAAGAGGGUAUUAAUAAUUUGAAGACAAACGCACCAGUCAGCAUGUGCAACCUUGAGAAGAUAUUUCCUCCAUCAUUCUUUGAUGUAAUGGAACAUCUUGCUAUUCAUCUCGCAAGAGAAUUGAAACUUGGUGGUCCUGUGCAGUACAGAUGGAUGUAUAUUUUUGAGCGUUAUAUGCAUCAUCUGAAGAAGAUGGUCAAAAAUCAAAGCAGGUUGGAAGGAUCUAUAGUGGCACAGGUGAUCAAUGAAGAAACUGCAAUCUUUGCUGAAAAUUAUUUUCCACCAGAAGUGCAUACAAAACACCGAAGACCUGCUCGGCAUGAUGACAGAGGGGAGAGAGCAACAUAUCAUGUUACUGUCCCAAGCAUGUUCAAGGAAAUAGGACGACUUAGUGGAAAAUUCACAAAUCGCAAACUUACGGACAUUGAGCACGCUCAUUUGCAAACAUAUUUGCUCACCAACUGUGAAGAUGUUCUACAAUAUGAAAGUGUAUAUAUGGCGGAGUUGCGUAUGACUCACAGGCAUGCAACAGAAGAUGAGCUUCAACAACUUAGAGAUAACGGAUUUGCUGUGUGGCUUCGUAGUUAUGUGAAUGAUGGUUUGGCCAGAGGUUUUGUGUUCGAUGAUUGGAUACGCGAAUUUGUGCAGGGACCAAACUAUGUGGUCAAAUCAUAUCCAAAAUUUUGUACGCGAGGAUAUGCAUUCACAAGGAAAGGUCAUUCUAAGACAACAUAUGAUGCUGGUGUUUCAUCUUUUUCCGGUGACGAUGUCUACUACGGCAACAUAAAAGAAAUAUUGGAAAUCCAAUUUCCUGGAAUGGUUGGAUUGCGUUGUGUAGUAUUCUAUUGUGAUUGGUAUGACACCACCCCAGAUAGAGGAGUGAAGAUUGAUGCGUUUGGUGUUACAUCAGUUCAUUCGCGGCGGAAACUUCAAUACUAUGAUCCCUUCAUUCUUGGUUCGCAAGCUGAUCAGGUAUGUCAAUCUAUUCAUAAUUUUUUACCAAUAUAAUUAAUUAAUGUUAUAUAUUUUACUAAUAUUUGUAUAAUUGAUAUGUAUAGGUGUGUUACAUCAGUUACCCUCGGGUGACGUACAAAGAUGAUCCAUGGGUCACUGUAACGCAAAUCAACCCACGAGGACGAGUGGAUGGAACUUCUGAUGAUGAUGAACCAUUGCAACCAGAGUCUACCAGCAACGCCCAGGCAGUUGAAGAUUUGGCAAAUGUUGAACUCGUUGAGGAUUAGACUGAGUUUGGACUUGAUGUUGUUGUACAUUCGGAGCCAGAAGUUGAGGUUGGGGAGUUUGAUGAAGAUUCAGAAGAUUCGGAUUAGUUUUUUUUUUUUUCUAUUGGUCCGUCGGAAAUCCCUCGCAAAAUACCGACGAGAUAGCGACGACAAAGAGUUUCAUUAAAGUUUGGAAAUGUCCUCGGUAAUUCGUCGCAAUAUACCGACGACAUUCCGACAAACAAGACGAGUUCGUCGGAAUGUCGUCGGUAUAUUCCGACGAAUUACCGAGGACA